AUGGUGCAGAAAUCCCGCAACGGAGGCGUCUACCCGGGGCCCGCCGCCGAGAAGAAGCUCAAGGUGGGCUUCGUGGGGCUGGACCCGGGCGCCCCGGACUCCAGCCGGGACGGAGCGCUCCUCAUCGCCGGCUCCGAGAGCUCCAAGCGGGGCAGCAUCCUCAGCAAGCCCCGCUCCGGGGUUUCGGGCAGCGGGAAGCCCCCCAAAAGGAAUGCUUUUUACCGCAAGCUGCAGAAUUUCCUCUACAAUGUGCUGGAGAGACCGCGGGGAUGGGCUUUCAUUUACCACGCAUACGUUUUUCUACUAGUGUUCUCCUGCCUGGUGCUGUCUGUCUUUUCGACCAUUGAUGAGUACCAGAACAGCUCAGAAGGGGCCCUUUACAUCCUGGAAAUCGUCACCAUCGUGGUGUUCGGGGUGGAGUACUUUGUGCGGAUCUGGGCCGCCGGCUGCUGCUGCCGCUACCGGGGCUGGAGGGGACGGCUCAAGUUUGCCCGCAAGCCUUUCUGUGUCAUCGACAUCAUGGUGCUGAUCGCAUCCAUCGCCGUGCUGGCAGCUGGGUCCCAAGGGAACGUGUUUGCCACCUCGGCGCUCAGGAGUCUGAGGUUCCUGCAGAUCCUGCGCAUGAUCCGCAUGGACCGGCGCGGCGGCACCUGGAAGCUCCUGGGCUCGGUGGUCUACGCACACAGCAAGGAGCUGAUUACUGCCUGGUAUAUUGGCUUCCUGUGCCUCAUCCUGGCCUCUUUCCUGGUGUACUUGGCCGAGAAGGGAGAAAAUGAGCACUUUGAUACAUACGCAGAUGCACUCUGGUGGGGUCUGAUCACUCUCACCACCAUUGGCUAUGGGGACAAGUACCCACAGACCUGGAACGGGCGGCUGCUGGCGGCGACCUUCACGCUCAUCGGCGUCUCCUUCUUCGCCCUCCCUGCUGGCAUCUUGGGUUCAGGGUUUGCUCUGAAGGUGCAAGAGCAGCAUCGACAAAAACACUUUGAGAAGAGGCGAAACCCAGCAGCGGGCCUGAUCCAGGCUGCCUGGAGAUUUUAUGCCACCAACCUGUCCCGGACAGACCUGCACUCCACCUGGCAGUACUACGAGCGCACCGUCACCGUCCCCAUGUACAGCACGCAAACGCAAACCUAUGGUGCCUCCAGACUCAUCCCUCCUCUGAACCAGCUGGAGCUCCUGAGGAACCUGAAGAGCAAGUCAGGACUGACAUUCAGGAAAGAGCAGCAGCCUGAACCAUCGCCAAGUCAGAAGGUCAGUUUGAAAGAUCGUGUCUUCUCCAGUCCCCGCGGUGCUGGCACCAAAGGGAAAGGCUCUCCACAGGCUCAGGGCAUCAGGAGGUCCCCCAGUGCUGACCAGAGCAUCGAGGACAGCCCGAGCAAAGUGCCCAAGAGCUGGAGCUUCGGAGACCGCAGCCGAGCCCGGCAAGCGUUCCGCAUCAAGGGAGCGGCGUCGCGGCAGAACUCGGAAGAAGCAAGCCUCCCUGGAGAAGACAUUCCUGAUGAGAACAAAAGCUGCAACUGCGAGUUUGUGACAGAAGAUUUGACACCAGGGCUGAAAGUCAGCAUCAGGGCAGUGUGCAUUAUGAGGUUUCUCGUCUCCAAGCGCAAGUUUAAGGAGAGCCUUCGGCCCUACGACGUGAUGGAUGUCAUCGAGCAGUACUCAGCUGGCCACCUGGACAUGCUCUCCCGGAUUAAAAACCUCCAGGCCAGAGUUGACCAGAUCGUUGGGAGAGGAUCCUCCAUGACUGACAAGGACCGGACCAAAGGGCCGGCCGAAGGGGAGCUGCCUGAAGAUCCCAGCAUGAUGGGCAGGCUUGGAAAAGUUGAAAAACAGGUUCAGUCCAUGGAGAAGAAGCUGGACUUCCUGGUGAACAUUUACAUGCAGCGCAUGGGCAUCCCCCCAACGGAGACAGAGGCUUACUUUGGGUCCAAGGAACCAGACCCAGCCCCUCCCUACCACAGCCCCGAAGACAGCAGGGAGCACAUCGACAAGAACGGCUGCAUCAUCAAGAUCAUCAGGUCCACCAGCUCCAUGGGCCAGAAGAACUUCUCGGCCCCGCCGGCGCCGAGCAACGCGUGCCCGCCCUCCACGUCGUGCCAGCGGCAGAGCCACGGCUCGUCUCCCGUGGGGGAGCCCGGCUCGCUGGUGCGCAUCCCGCCGCCGCCCUCCCACGAGCGCUCGCUGUCCGCCUACGGCGGCCACCGCGCCAGCGCCGAGUUCCUGCGCGGCGAGGACGCGGCGGCCAAGCACCACGAGAGCGCCCUGAGAGACAGCGACACCUCCAUCUCCAUCCCCUCGGUGGACCACGAGGAGCUGGAGCGCUCUUUCAGCGGCUUUAGCAUCUCCCAGUCCAAAGAGAAUUUGGACAUCCUUAACAACGGUUGCUAUGCAGCCGUGGCCAAAAUCAGACCCUACAUUGCGGAAGGGGAGUCGGACACCGACUCUGACCUCUGCACGCCCUGCGGGCCCCCCCCGAGGUCGGCCACGGGCGAGGGACCCUUCAGUGACAUGGGCUGGUCGACCCCCCGGCAGUGAAGCCUCCCUGCAGCCCCAGCUGUCCACCUGUGGAACUUCUCAAGGAGAUUGACAGCUAAGGCUUUCCUCUUUCUAGGACACCCUUAGCUGGCAGAUAACUUUCCUGCAGCUUACUCUGGGGGGAACGAGCAGGUCCGAGCCUGCACUUGCGGAAGAGGUGACGGUGAUGAGCGAACUGGAGCCGUGAAGUCCAGAUUUCUUUCAUACUCUCUUUCUAAGAUCAUUAGGUGAAACUUCCAUGGCGCAGAGUAGGCAAUUUGCAUUUCUUGGGAAUCUUCAGAAGCACGGGGCAGGAAUAAAUCAGCCAGCCAGGGCUUUUGUAGAUCACAUUAACUGGUGGCUGACAGGUGGGAAUUGCUGUGUCAUGGCAGGAGUUGAUGACACCUUUCGGUGUUUUGGAGUCACAGACAGAAUACUUGUCUGUUUCUAGCUUAGGUUUCAGUGCAUUUGUAAUAGUGAGGGGUUGUUACUCUGUGGUCCCUCAUUAGCUGUCAGGAAGGUUUCAUAAUUCCAAUAUAAUACAUGGAAAUGCUGUGUAGGUCCCUGGAGGAGAGGGAUGGGGGCUGGGAUAUUUGCAGGAGCAGAAGACGUGGCCUUAAGUGGGAUUUGCUGGGGUACUGCUCUGAACCAGUUUGGAAAUGAUCCCAUCUUAGGAAAAACUCAGAAAUACGAGCCUGAGGGCAAGAAGAGAGACAAUCCAGAGGGCAAAGAAAUGAAACAG